GGACGAAAUACCUGUCUCAGAAGCAAAUAGGUGGUAGAUGGCAGUUCGUUGGGCACGAUGGAAAGCAACGGUUACGUUUCCAUAUUCGACGAGCUAGACGAAGACGCGUACGAAUUCUUUUCUCGCAUCGACAAAAAUGGAGAUGGUUUCAUUGAUUUGUCAGAGUUACGAGAAGCCCUGGAGGUUUGCGGAUUCAAAAUUCCUGGAUGGGAAGUUAGAAAAAUAAUAGCAGAAUUUAACAGCCGUGGAUCUAACCAUUCUGGCCGCCUCUCCUUUGAUGAAUUUGAGAAGCUCUGUUUAGAUCUAAAAUCAAAUGAAGUUGGAAACACAUUUAAGAAAGUUGUGUCAAAAAAAGAGAAUUUAGAAACACUUGGAGGAAUGUCAGAUGCAUCUAGUGAAGGUACAACACAUUCAGUGAGGUUGGAGGAGCAACUGGCAUUUUCUGAUUGGAUUAACACAAAUCUGAGGCUUGAUCCUGAUCUGAAGCACUUACUACCAAUUGACUCAGAGGGCAAGACACUUUAUGAGAAAGUAAAAGAUGGUAUUUUGUUAUGUAAGAUAAUAAACCAUUCUUGCCCUGAUACAAUUGAUGAAAGAGCCAUAAAUAAGAAGAACCUGACUCUGUACACAAAGCAUGAAAACUUAACUCUAGCGUUAGUAUCAUCCCAAGCUAUUGGUUGCAAUAUAGUAAACAUUGAUGCACAUGACCUUGCUAAAGGAAAACCUCAUCUGGUCCUUGGUCUUUUGUGGCAGAUUAUAAGGAUUGGAUUGUUCAAUCAGAUAACUUUGGAGAACUGCCCAGGUUUGACAUCUUUAUUGUCUGAUGGGGAACACAUAGAGGAUCUAAUGAAAUUAUCACCUGAAGCUAUCUUGCUAAGAUGGGUGAACCAUCACCUUGAAAGGGCUGGAGUAGCCAGGAGGUGUGGCAACUUCCAGGGAGAUAUUGUAGAUUCAGAAAUUUAUACAUACCUGCUGAAGCAGAUUGCACCACCAGAAAGUGGUGUGACAAUGGAAGCAUUAAUGGAGCCAGAUCUUCUGCGACGUGCAGAAAUAAUGCUCCAGCAAGCUGGGAAACUGGGUUGUCGUAGUUUUGUCACACCGAGUGAUGUGACUAAUGGAAUUUACAAACUUAACCUUGCAUUUGUUGCCAACUUGUUCAAUAACCAUCCCGGUCUUGAUCGCCCUGAAGGUGAAAUUGAAGGAUUAGAGAAUAUUGAAGAAACCAGGGAAGAGAAAACUUACAGGAACUGGAUGAACUCAAUGGGUGUGCAACCAUAUGUCAAUUGGCUCUACUCUGACUUGGCUGACGGUCUUGUCAUCUUCCAGCUCUACGAUAUUAUUAAGCCAGGAAUUGUCAAUUGGAACAAGGUACACAGGAAAUUCUCAAAGCUACGAAAAUUUAUGGAGAAAUUAGAAAACUGCAAUUAUGCCGUUGAGCUUGGUAAACAGCUUAAAUUUUCUUUGGUUGGCAUUGCAGGCCAGGAUAUAAAUGAUGGAAAUGCUACUCUCACACUAGCUCUUAUAUGGCAGCUCAUGAGAGCAUAUACGCUGUCUAUAUUGACCCAGCUGGCUAAUACAGGAAGUCCAAUAGUAGAAAAAGAAAUUGUUACGUGGGUCAACAAUAAACUUUCACAAGCUAGGAAGAAAAGUACACUGAAGAAUUUUCAGGAUUCAUCUUUAGCAGAUGCAAGAGUAGUGAUUGACCUCAUUGAUGCAAUUAAACCAGGAACUAUUAACUAUGACUUAGUACGAGAAGGUGGCACAGAAGAGGACAAUUUGGCUAAUGCGAAAUAUGCUAUUUCUAUGGCGAGGAAGACAGGAGCGAGAGUGUAUGCGCUUCCAGAAGACAUUACUGAAGUGAAGCCAAAAAUGAUAAUGACUGUUUUUGCUUGCCUUAUGGCUAUGGAUUACAUCCCAAACAUGGAUGUUAAACAAGAUUCAUAAGUUUAUAGCUAUCAGUAGGCGCUUGUAAGUGAAUUUUGUGAUUGCAAAAGUACCUAAAGUUUUAUUUUUGAAUGGUUGUAAAGUAGUUUAUAUUUCAUUCCAUAUUGUAUACAAACACUUGUAAUGUCAUCUUUGAAAAAGUAUUUGUGUGUAUGUGUGUGUCAAAGUAAAAAGAUGAUACAGUGAUAAUGUACAAUAUUCAUCACAUUUUUUAAAAAAAAUGUAAUGUUGUUCUUACAGGAUGAGAGGUGGGGAGGAAAUUUAGACAUUGAAGUCCUCAUAACAGAUAACAGAGAAUAAUGGGAAAGUUCUUUACUAGUGGUCUUAUUCUUUGUCUUAUGUGAGAGAACAUUUUUGUCAGCAUUAUUGAGUGGUAAUGUGAACAUAUUCUCACUUUAUCCAUAUUUUGAAUGGGCAGAAGACACACUUCAGACUGCAUAAAUGAGUUACCUCAUUUCUGUAGUUUAUAUAUAUAUAUAUAUAUAUUUUGUAAUAUAUUUUAUACACAGCCAUUGUAAAGGGUCACUCCUUCAAUGUAAUCAGAUAGCCCCAGUAUAUCCAAAAGUGAAACUGAACGUGUGAUGCUGGGUUUCUUGUAUUGUAAAGAUCCCCAGUACUCGUUCUAUAGCAGGCGAAUAGAUGUGGGGGCAUCUUGGAAAGACUGUAACAAAGAAAAAUCCCCCACCCUAUCGAGGAUUGAACCCAGGACACCCAGGGUCGGAGUCUAGUACUGUACCUAUUAGACCACCUUGGCCAAGAGGCAUUGUAGAAAUAAAGUAUAAUGUGGUAACCUAUUCCAUAAACUUACCACAAAACAAUUUACGUUGCUAUAUUCUCUUCAUAAUUUUUGGCAGGAUGCUUACCUGAAUAUAGCUUUCAAAACUAUCAUUUGUCCACAAAAAUGCAUUUUUAUUCAUUUGAUGGUAAAUCUGUCUUGAUAUCGUUUCCAUACAGUACCAUACAAUGUAUAAAAUGACGCCUGCUGUGCCAAGUGAGGACUAGUAACCAUAUUAACAUCUGUAUUUUGAUGUAUAAAGAAAGUUGUUCAUUGACUAAUACAUAAAUUAGACAAUUUUGUCCAUGACAUUCCAUUUAUGUAGUUUACCAAGGCACUGUAUGUGAUUAUAUGUUUCUAUUGUUAAAGGGCACAAUUUGUAUCUGAUGGUUUUAACAUCAGUAUAUAUAUGACUGUCAAUAAUAUUAUUUUAAACUAAUUAUGAAAUUCUGUGUUACCAAAAUUUACACUGAGCUUAAGAUUAUUAUGUGAAAGUGUCGCUAAUGAAGGAACAUUAUUUUAUGUACUCACGUGGAAGAGGAUGAAAAUACAAGACAAAAAUCACUUUUACGUUGAUUUCGCAUAUUAAUUACAGAUUUGUAUUGUAGUGUCUCUCUUCUGUUUCUGUCCACUUUGAUGAUACGUCCACAGUUUUCCUGAAAUGUGGUCAGUCAAAAUAGUAGUAAUGGUACUACCACCGACUUCUUCCUCCUCCUCCUCCUCCUCCUCCUCCUCCUCCUGCUGCUGCUCCUGCUCCUUUAUUGAUUUCCCACUGUAUUGCUUUCAGCUGCAAAAGAAUUUGAUAGUAAUGAUUCACCCUUUAUCUCAGUGUACUGUGUAAAACGUCAAUGAUGUAUGCAACAUAUAUAGACACUAGAUUACUUCGAUAUUGUAACGUAGUCUUUCGAAAAUGUUCGCUGUAGAUGAUGAGAUCCUGUAAGUUUUUCAACUUUAAAUACUCCUGGCUCUGACUGUAUUCUCAUUUCAGUUUACAGUUUUCUUGACUUUUAUUGCUAUAAAAAAUAGUUUUUCAUAUUUGUCUUUACUGUCAUGAUACAACUUCUUUGUUGAAUUUUACCUGAUUGUCAUUUCACAAUGUUCGGGCUUCUUGAGCUUCCUCAUCAAUUUCUCUUGCAUUUUUAAUUCUACUGCUCAAAUUAAUUUUUUUGUAAUCAUGUCAGAGUUGUGAGCAGUCUGUGUGAGGUGGCACUUUUUUUGAUUCACACCACUUCUUUCCUGAAAGUUCCAUAGACUUCUGCUGUUUUACUUGCAGUUAUUAUUUACACACUAAUUACUUUCAGGAGAAAGUAUAAUAAUCAAUGUAACUGUGGUCAUCUCAUGCUCCAUUGGUGACCAUAAACAUAUGCCAUGUGUUUACUUUUUAGGUUGAAUCAUUCUUGAUUGUUUCUGUAAUCUGUAAUGUCCUGCAAAGCUUGAAACUAUAGAAACACUCUUGAGAUUUAUUAUUGUAAAGCACUGACUGCCAAAAAAUUGUUAAAUUAAUUGUCGAGAUUGAAGAGUAUACGAAAUGGAUGAUGAACAGUAUUUCUCUGAAAGUUUCUGUAGAGAUAUAAACUCAAAUAUUUGUAAGUCAUCUAACUUCGAUAUGAUUAAGGGACAGAUAACAACAUUAAUGAAAUUCCACAUAAUGCAUUUGGAAUCAGUUUGCAGUUGUAUGACGAAAAUUUGUUGAUAUACUCAUUUUUUCAUGCUGUAAUUAUUCAGUGAGUAGCAUAUGAAAGUAUUACAGUCUAAUUUCUCAACUUAACAGUUUGUAGUUUUGAAAUGUUGACCUCACAUCAUUUCCCAAUAGCGAAACUGUAACAGUACAUCUGAGCUUUGUUUGGAACGUGUUGUCCCCCCCAUCCUGGUCUGUUAACACUGUUUCAGUAUUUUUGACAGGAAACUGGAAUCCUGCAGUAACCAGUGGUCCCACAUUAAAAGCCCGUUCCACUUUUUCCAUCAUCUUUCCCAAAGUGUAGAUGAAAUUUUCAGUCAUUUUAUCUUCAGGUUCAGAGUUAGAACACAGGGAUUCAAAAUAUCUAUUACCCUGUUUAAUAACUUGUAUCUAUCUUGGAGUGUCACGAUGAUGAUUUAACAGAAUAUCCUGAGCUUAAGACAAUAAACUCUCAUGGUCAGGAAAAAACAAGAUUUUCAAGUUUACUUCUUGUCUGUUAUUAUUAUUAUUAUUAUUAUUAUUAUUAUUAUUAUUGCUGCAACUACUACUACUACACUAAAGUGAGUGAGUGAUUCACCAACUAGACAAGUCGUGAAACGGUAAUAAUUACUACUGUCAAUUGCUAUAUCCUAAAUGUAGGUAGUGUGACACUGUCCACAUUUAACAACAUAAGUUAGUAACAGAAAACUUUGUCAACAUUAUUACUUUUUAAAGUUCUCUCUGUCUUAUGUUAAAAAGUUGACAGUUAGGAUUAUAAUCAAUCCUGGCCAUAAUUUCCAUAAUGGGAUGACUAGCUGAAUCAAGUCCAUGGAUACACAGUCAGGAUGUUGGAAGAAAACUGCCAUUACUUGAAUUUAAAUAAUUGUUUUGCAUUUUCUGCAUAGUUUCAGUUAACUAUGAGAGGUUGUAUCACACUGAAGUUACAGUAGCAUCCCUUAUUCCCCAUAAAGCAGUUUGAAUGAGAAAGUGCCUUAGUAUAUAUUAGUUGAGAGAGAUCCUGUUUGAAUGAUGAUAGAAAAUCUGUGCAAUAGUGAAGAAAGAAAUUGGUUACUCAACAAGACAUGUUGGGCUGUGAAUAUGUGGGGGAGAGAAAUUUGGCUUGUAAAACAGUCACCCUUGUCAAACUCAUUGUGACAUGGAAAUGCUUUCCAUAAGUGUGUCACAAUUAUUGACUGUAGCAAGUCCUUUUCAGGUUCCUACUGGCUCUGUUGAAAUUAAACAUCAAGGUUUUGGGAGCCUUGCUUUAUUGUGUGUAUGGUCUUCAUAAAUAUUUGUGUAGUAUCCAGCAGUGAAAAAAAUUCUUUGGUAUUCACAAAUUAUUAGUUAACUAAAGCAAAAUUGUCGUAAGAUUGAAUUUGAGAAAGGACCAAAAACUUGAUUACCUUACAAGCUAGCAGUUGUGCCGGUGACUAGUUGCCUCGGUGUUUGAUACUUGGGAAAUUACUUAUAGUUUUACAGGUUUUAUAGAGGUGACAAACCCACUUAACAUAUUUUUGUAACCUAUGUCAAACCAUAAAAUGAAAGACUGAGAUAAAUGUCAGUGCUGCAUUUAAAAUUGUGUUCUGUAUUAAUCAUAAAUAAUGAAAUGCUUUAGGUCAUUUUAAACAGUGUGCUGAACUGAUAUAAAGGACUACUAAUUUUUGUAUAGCAUUAUUAGUAGUAGCUUGAAACAUUUGGUAAACAGUUCCAUUUUGAUAAAGUUCUUUUCUAUAAGACUGCAUUUGUGGCAUUUGAUAGAUAAAUAAAUGUAGAAUUUUUCCCACGUACACACAUUUCCAUGUUUUUCAGAAGUUCUAUGUUCGGCCUUUACCAGAGAUUUCGAAUGAAUUGUCACUAAGUUGCAAGAGACCUGGAUAUUGAACUUCAUCUAAUCUUAAGCUAUCUGUUGUAUGUUUGUAACUCAUACAUUAAGUUUGUACAAUAUACAAAUAUUUGUAUUUAAGGAAAUAAUUAUCCUGAAACAUAAAUCAUUCACAAAUUAUUAAAUCUAGGAGAACACUGUUAAAAGUGUAUGUUUUUACAAUUGAUGUUUCAUUUUAGUAAAAAAUUUAUUAAUAAAAAAUUGUAUUUAUUUCAGUUUUAAAAUUUUUAUUGUAUGUUAAUUUUUCUUAUUUUAUAAAAGACUUGCAGUACUUAUGGAAUGCCUUAUAUAUGAGACUUAAACAGUUACAUUAAAGUUAAGCAGCUAGAGAUGUAGCUAGUUCUUUUUUAUAGUUAAAAUUAAUAAAGUAACUUUUUUUACUCAGAA